AUGAUACUUGAUUGAGCAGGGCAGACGAAUACAAGGAAGAUAUAGUAUAGAGAGUGAUUCCCAUAUAACCUUGUAGCUUUUUUGAGCGCGCCAGCAAAUUAUUUACCAUACGCUGUUCACUGGGCCACAGCACAUUCACACAUCGUCCCAUUUGAUGAAUGGAUAGGGAUAGAGCUGCAGUCUGCCCGGUCGUCUACAGAGACUAGGUCAACUGGCUAUUGCAUUCAAUGAAAUUCGAGAGAAACAUACAUAACAAGAAUGGGAAAUUUGAAUUCCGUUUUGGCCAUCUCGCUGCCAAACCCGUAUUCCGGCUGACGCGGUCGCUCUGACAUACUUUUUUUUUUUUUUUAAACGUUCGGUUUCACUUUGCGGUUGGCGUGUGUUUGCUGCCACAACAAGCGCAACCAAUAUCACUCCAAGACGUAUAGACGCAAACGAAGUUUCCCCAAACAAAAAUGGGAUUUCCAAUUUGAUAAGAUGCGCGCGCAGCCAGCAGAAAAGUAAAACUCCCAGUUUAUUGUUCCGACGUUUGCAACAUUCCCACAUGUCUAGUUUCUUCCUCGUCUGCAAGUCUAUAUAAAUGGGUUGGAUUAGUCUCACUCUUAUUCAGACUUUCAACAUCACCCAGUGCCACAUCUCUCGUCGUCUUAUUUCACGCUCUUAAACAUUUCGCAAUCUAUCAAAGUUCAAUCGUCUUCAAGUGAACUCAUUUGUGAUCCCGAAUCGUUAUAUUUUUUAAUUUAUCAUUCUGUUCAAAUCGAAAAUGACAAACUCACCAGAACACGACAGCGGCAAUAAAGUCAAGUUGGUUCUAGCCCAUUCCCUCAAUACGAUUGUAAUUGUAAUUCCAACCACCAAAAGGAAUCUCGUUCACAACGUUAAAGAACGAAUAGUUACCAAACUCUCCAACAAGCGGUCCUCUAGUUGCAGCAGUUCUGAUAUGAGACUUCAAAAUCUCAAAUCCAAUAUCCGGAGAAGCUUAUCGCCGUCAUCGGCCCGACCACAGCCGGAAGAGGCACAGAAAUGGGCCGAGUCAUUCACCAAACUCAUGGCAUCCAAAUAUGGAUCCUCUCUCUACCGGGCGUUUUUACUGCGAGAAUUCAGCAAUGAGAAUCUGGAUUUUUGGAUGGCCGUCGAAGAGUACAAGAACUCCAAACCGCAAAAGAUGGCAGCUAAAGCCCAGCAGAUCUACAAUGAUUUCGUUGCCGUCAAAGCUACGAAACAAGUUAACCUAGAUGCUGAAACGAGAAUCCUCACGCUGGCCAACAUCCAGUCGGACAUUGCCGACCAAUUCGCUUUUGAUCGCGCUCAAAGGCGAACUCAGCACAUGAUGGAACGCGAUUCUUACCUGCGUUUCCUCCAGUCGGAAUUGUUUCUUGAACUCGCCCACCCCGAGCGAUAUUAUUAGCGUUUCGAUUCCAUGCAUCCAGAAAUAUAGAUCUCAUUAUCUUGUCACUACAUUAGCCUAUUUCUCUCUUCGUCAUUUAAACUUAUACAUCCAAUUACAGUAUAACUAUAAACCUUCGCAAUUAUUAUGCAUCUUUUGCUUGUCCUCUUCUAUGUUGUCGCCUGCAUUUCAAAUUCCAAUGACCCCACGCAAUAUUAUCAAUUUGUUUGUUACAUUUCGUAAAUAUUUUUUUUUCUUUUUUCUCUGGUCUUGUAUGUCAACUGUGAUGUUGUUAUCCAACAUUUUUCGAAGAAUAAAAAACUGCAUGCUGAUCUCAUGAA